GCGUCCAGUCAGCGUCAACUUGCUGACCUCGCGGGUUGUAAACCUCAUCCGCCCGUGGUCAAAACCUGUCGAACCGGCCAGCGUGUCCUGUAGACACGGACAACAAACUACAGCAUGACGAUAGCGGGGAUAACAGAGACACCUGAGACCGGCAGCGUUUGGGCAGAGCAGUCCUUUAGGAAGUGGUAGAGGAUGAAGAAUUGAUCUGUCCUCACAGUUAUGUGAGGGUCCCGGUGGGAUGACGGUCACUCAAGAGAACAAAAUGGACUGGAUGCAUCAGCGGUGUCACAAGGAUACGAUGUCGAAGUCGCGACUUUUGCUCAUUUGUGGGACGAUGAUACUGACCAUCACACUGUACCCAAUGCUGAGGAUGCUGGGGGUUCAGCUUCAUGCUGCACUGAGUGGGAGUUACGUGGCUGGACACCACUCCAUAUUGCUCAUCAACUGUCCUACUGAGCAAGUGGCUAAAGAUAUUGGCAGACACAUCAUGGAGAAAAGGAUGGCGGCAUGUGUGAAUAUUCUUCCCCACACCUCCACCAUGUACUACUGGAAAGGAGAGAUUCGGGACGCUUCGGAAAUACUGCUGCUGGUGAGGACCAGAACAUCUCUGAUUCAGAGACUCACUGAAUUUGUAACAGCUAUGCAUCCAUAUGAAAUUCCAGAAAUCAUCAGUUUUCCUAUUGAAGAUGGAAGUCUGUCCUACUUGAAGUGGAUGGAUGUUGCAGUUCCUGAGGUAUGACCAGUCCAUAUCCACUGUGCAGUGAAAUGCACUCCUAUUGGAUGAAGAACUGAAUGUUCAGUGGCUUUGAUUACAGGGAUGGGGAGGCAUGAGACCCCCCCCCCAGUCUGUUCACAGUCCUUCGAGAGUAUUUUACAUAAGAUGGAAAAAAAAAUAAGUGAUGACCAAAACAACUUUGAUUUGAUUUCUGAAAACUUGUAGUUGAAAUGUUUGAAUUUUGAACAAAUUCCAGUAUAGAGAAGUUCUUGUAUUUUGUCUCAGAGAAGAUGUUCAGACUUUCAGACUCGUGACAUACCGAGUGAGGACUUGGUCACAGGAGAUAUAAGUGCCUAGCGGUGACUAUAAUGGUACAAACAAGAAAACAAAGGAAAUGUCAAAACAUAAAGCAUUCAUGAAUGGAAUACUGACUCGGAACUAAAGAACACCUAACACAGCAGGUUCCGCUGGUAUAAAACAAGGUUCCUGAUGACCCUUAAAGUCUUAUGAAGUCUUAAAAUAGAUUUUAAAUAUGUAAGUUAAUAAAAUGUCCUCUUUUUUACUCUUAGAGGUAUUCGAUUUGAACAUGUUGAAGAGGGUAAUUGUGUAAUAUAAAUGAAACUAAUUCUGAAUAGCAAGCCAACCAAAACUAUCCAGCUGAAAGCAGACCUGUGGUCAGAAGUGACUGCUAAUGAAGGCAGAGAUGACAGCAGAACUGAUAAAGUCGAACACACUGAAAAGACUCAGCGUGUUUAUCCAUGUUAGAUUUUAAACAAGUUUGUUUGAAUAAAAUGCACAUUUAUAUGUGCCAUGUUUGAGUUU